ACGAAGAGCUGUCUUUUCUUUUCCACGCUUGCAGUCUGCGUGUAUUUUUUAAAAACCUCCUUCCCUGCUCUGUUUUACCUUAAACCAUGGAGAAAAAAGGCACAAACCCUGUCGGGAAGAAACGUAAACCCGUGAAGAUGAAAGACGGCACCGACCCCGUCAAAAACUUCGAGAAAUGGAAGAAAAAAUACAACAAGACGAAAGCCCAAGUGAAGAGAGAGCGACCGCAGAAGAAGCCCGAGUGGCAGGUCGAACGGGAGUACAUCGACAGGCUCGUCAGCAGGUACGGUGACAUCAACUCUAGCGAGGCCGUCAAGUUCUCAGACUUCCCAAUUUCAAAGAAAACCUUGUUAGGUUUGCAGGGGGCUCAGUACAGACAGCCCACGGAGAUCCAGAGACAGACUAUCGGCUUCGCUUUGCUCGGGAAAGAUGUCCUCGGCGCGGCUAAGACUGGCUCCGGGAAGACGUUAGCCUUCCUCAUCCCGGUGCUGGAGUGCCUGUAUCGCCAGCAGUGGACCUCCAUGGACGGCCUCGGCGCUCUCAUCAUAUCCCCCACCAGAGAGCUCGCCUACCAGACCUUCGAGGUCCUCCGCAAGGUGGGCAAGAACCACGAGUUCUCCGCGGGGCUCAUCAUCGGCGGGAAGGACCUUAAGAGCGAGUCGGAGAAGAUCCACCGCACCAACAUCGUCAUCUGCACGCCGGGCCGGCUGCUCCAGCACAUGGACGAGACGGCCGCCUUCCACGCCUCCGACCUCCACAUGCUGGUCCUGGACGAGGCGGACCGCAUCCUGGACAUGGGCUUCGCCGACACGCUCAACGCCAUUGUGGAGAACCUGCCCAAGUCCCGGCAGACGCUGCUGUUCUCCGCCACGCAGACCAAGUCGGUCAAAGACCUGGCCCGGCUCAGCCUCAAAGACCCGGAGUACGUGUGGGUUCACGAGAAGGCCAAGUUCAGCACGCCGGCCACCCUGGAGCAGAGCUACGUGGUGUGUGAGCUCCACCAGAAGGUCAACAUGCUGUACUCGUUCAUCAGGAGCCACCUGAAGAAGAAGAUCAUCGUCUUCUUUGCUUGCUGCAAGGAGGUGCAGUACCUGUUCCGGGUCUUGUGCCGCCUCAGACCGGGCAUGCCCAUCCUGGCUCUGCAUGGCAAGCAGCAGCAGAUGAAGAGAGUGGAGGUCUACAAUGACUUCCUCAGAAAGCAGAACGCUGUGCUCUUUGCCACCGACAUAGCCGCCAGAGGCCUGGACUUCCCCGCCGUCAACUGGGUGCUGCAGUUUGACUGUCCGGAGGACGCGGACACCUACAUCCACAGGGUGGGCCGGACAGCCCGGUACAAGGAGGGGGGAGAGGCCUUACUGCUGCUGCUUCCCUCGGAGGAGAAGGGCAUGGUCGGCCAGCUGCAAGAGAAGAAAGUUCCAAUCACGAAGAUCCAGGUGAACCCAGACAAACUGCAGAGCGUUCAGCAGAAGCUGCAGGCCUUCCUGGCCCAGGAGAAGGAGCAGAAGGAGAGAGCCCAGCGGUGUUUUGUCUCCUACCUGCGCUCCAUCUACCUGAUGAAGAACAAAGAGGUGUUUGACGUCUUCAAACUCCAGAUUCAGGAGUACGCGGCCUCUCUGGGCCUCGCCGUGGCGCCGAGGGUGCGCUUCCUCAGCAAAGCCCAGGCACAGAGGGCUGAGAAGGAUGGCCAGAGAGAGGAGGAGGAGGAGGAGCAGCAGCAGCAGUCUGAAGAAGAGGAAGAGCUGAGGAGCUUUAAGGCUCGGCUGAAAGGAAACGUUCCCCCCGAGGAAAGUCCGAGCUCAGAGUCGGAAGAUUCGGGCGGCGAUGAGGAAAGCGGCGACGAAGCGGAGGUGGAUCAGGCCAAGAGCCGUCUCCUGGGUGCAGAUGAGGACAACGAGGAUGAGGACGAUCUGAGAGACUUGGACCUGCUGACGGUAAAAAGAAAGGACGUCUUCAGUCUGACGGCGGGCCAGGAGAGUGACGAAGAACCCGCCGAGGACUCCAGAAAGAAAUCGGAGAAGGAGACAAAGUUCACGGAAGCCAAAAAGGCCCUCAAGAGGAACUUCCAAGUCAACACCAAAGUGGCUUUCAGCGAAGAAGGUGAGGCCGUGCAGCUGUGGCCUCCGGUCCAGCGGGCGGCGGCGCACGGGGAGGAGGAAGAGGAGGAGGGGGUUUCGGGCAUCAACAUGGAGAAGGCCCGGGAGAGGCUGCAGCGCGAGGACCAGGAGUUUGACAAGCACGAGUACAGCCGCAAGGUGAAAGCCAAGCACCGGGAGAAGAGGCUGAAGGCGAAGGCGGCCAGGAGGGAGGCCAGCAAGCAACACGGCCGCAAGUCCGACUCGGAGGAGGAAGAGGACGAGGUGGUGGCGUACCUGGCCAAUCGCAGCGAAGACGAGUUCGACCCCAGCACCCUGCCGGACCCUGACAAAGUGCACUCUGAGGAAGAGGAGGAGGAGUAUGAGGCGGCGAUAACGGCAGCCAAACGGCAGCACAGCAGCGACAGCAGCGACGAGGAUGAGAAGCAGCUCCCGGCGGGGAAGAGGAAGAAAGUGAGGCAACAGAACGAUGCGCCCGCAGCCCUGGACACCGGUCUCUCCCUGGCCGAAGACGAGGAGUUGGUCUUACAUCUGCUAGGAGGGCGCAGUUAGAGAAAACGGAGAGGAGUGUGAGGAUUUGGGGAGGAUUUACAAACCGUAUUAAGUUUGAAGUUAAAUCAAGUUCUAACCACCAAGUCAGUAGUUCAGUGAGAGAAGAAGAAGUGCAGAUGGUUGAGUCUGAAUUGUGUUGGGAAAAGUCUUCCCGUCAACCUUGAAAAAAACAUUCUUUUUUGACGCUUUUUCUUCAGUUUGUUUGUUUUGAAUUGUAAAAUUUUUCUUCUACACAUUUUCAGUGCUUAUUUGUGCAUCCCAUAUUUUCUGAUAUAAAACGGGGUCAAUGUGACCUGAAGUCAACACAAGGGUUAAAGGGGUUUCAGUGUUGCACAUCCAUAACACUGGAGGACUCCUCAUUUUCUUUCUUUUUAAAUUUUUUUGCCUUUUAUUGGAUAGGAAAGCUAGGAGAGAGAGGGGGGGGGGGGAGACAUGCAGGAAAACCGUCCCAGGUUGGACUCGAAACCUGGACCUUCUGCGUCAAGGAACUAAGCCCUGCAUAUGUGCGCCCGCUCUACCAACUGAGCUAAGUGGCCACACAUUGGGAGGACUCAUAAAUAAGAGAUUUAAAUAACAAUGGUUGGUUGAAAGUGAAGCAUCGGCGGCUGAGAUAUCCUGACUUUUAGACCGCAUGGGUCAAGAUCCUACAACUCCCAUAAUGCAACCCACACCAUCUUUUCAUUAAAAAACAAAAACCUGAACAUGUGACUUCAAAUCUCGUGUCGGUAACCUUGAAUAUGCCUGACUAAAUAAGCAACUAUCAAAGUUGUAUACACUUCAACAUCUUUAAGUGUUCUUGGGAGUUUUCACUUCCAAGAAAAUCUGCUUCAUCAGGACCGCGGCUGGCUGUUUAAUCCGAUUUUUAAAACGACGAGAACCGAAAACAACCCACCGACUGUUGCCAAAGUCUGAUUCAACUUCUGUCCAAUUUGUUUAAAUUCCACCCAUUUUCACCCAGUUUGGAACGCAGGCUCUCUGUUAUAUGUUCUAUAUAUAAACCUUUGUAAACCCGAGCUGAAAUAACCCUGAUGGCGUCAUCAUCAAAUGACAUCACCAGGGUUAUUUUCUCAUACUUGAUUUUUUUUUUUUUUUUUCCAAGCGUGUUGUUGAAACUGUUAAACCACUGCUGCAGCUGUAAGUUUGACCUAAGGACCCAUGUUUUGUAUUUACUGUGUGAUUUCACAUAACCCUCCACCUAAUUCAUUCUUAACCCAAUCUGACCCAGCAGCAGCUGGUGAGGGUGCCCUGUGGCCUUUUCUUGUAAAUAAACAGAUAAGUUAAAUAUG